GGGGAGAUGGGGUAUGGGGUCUGCACCGUCUCGUCGGCGACUCGGUUUGCAUUUCGCUGGCCAUUCCGUACGGAGUGCUGAGCGCCUGCAGCGUACGGUGAUGGUCUAUCAUGGCCAGCACAACCACCACAACCACCACCGAAGCCCUCAUCCUCACAACCACCAACGGGUCCCUCGAACUGCGUCGAGCUCUCCUCUCCGGCCCCCAGAACGAUGAAGUCCUCGUCGAAAUGCACGCCACAGGCAUCUGCCACACCGACCUUUCCUGCAUGGACGGCGUCCUGAGUAUAUCCACCCCUGCCGUGCUAGGCCACGAGGGCGCCGGCAUGGUGCUCGCCACCGGAUUCGACGUCACCGACAUUGCACCGGGAGACAAAGUCCUGCUCAGCAUCAACCACUGCCAACGAUGCGACAAUUGCACGUCCGGGCAUCCGAAUUACUGCGCCGAGGGGAUGCCGCGAAACUUUGGCGGACGGAGGCUCAGUGACGGCAGCACUCCGAUUUCACUUCUCGACGACGACGACGACGACGACGACGACGAGGCCAAGAAGAAGACGCCUUGUUUCGGCAAUUUCUUCGGGCAGAGCUCGUUCGCGCGGCACGCCAUUGUCAAUAGGUCGUGUAUUGUCAAGGUCGCGGCGACGUCGGAUACGAAUACAAGUCCCAAUCUGGCCUUGUUCGCGCCGUUGGGAUGCGGGAUCUCAACCGGUGUCGGAAGCGUCCUGAACACUUUGAAUGUCAAGCAGGGAUCGAGUCUGGCCGUCUUCGGCACGGGGAGUGUUGGCUUGGCCGCUGUCAUGGCGGGCAAGAUGAGGAAGGCCCGUGUCAUUGUCACCGUGGACUUGAAUCAAGCCAGGCUCGAGCUGGCCCGGAAGCUGGGCGCUACUCAUCUCGUGCAUGUGCAUGGAGGCAGCGAAGACGUGGACGUCGUACAGCAGCGCGUGAGGCAGGCUUGCCCCGAGGGCGUGGCGUAUGCUGUGGACUGCACGGGGAAUCCCAAAGUCAUCGAGUCGAUGAUGGAUUGUCUGGCAACCAGAGGGCGCGCGGCCCAGGUCGGGAUCCCGACUCCUGACAAGACUGUACCCAUCAACAUCUUGCAGCAUUUAUUGAAUGGACGCGAAUACGUUGGCUGUGCUGGUGGAGAUUGUGUGCCGAGUGAGAUGUUGCCGUUCCUCAUGCAGCAGCAGGAAGCCGGCAAUUUUCCCUUGGAAGACAUCGUAUCAUAUUAUGAUGUGAAGGACUACGCGCAAGCAUUCGAAGACGCGAGGUCAGGCAAGGUCGUCAAGGCCGUGCUAAAGUGGAUUUAAUCAUCACCAGCCGACACAGCGACCGGCACUCACAUCAUCCCGAGGUGAAGCAAUUUCAAUAUCAACUAGCAGUCACAAAGCAGCCCGCGCGAUAAAUUGAGGGACGAUCGUAUUAGAAGGCCACCGGUACAUAUCAGGGUAUACAAAGGUGCAUAAGGUCCUAUCCUGCUGCUGAUCUCAGCAUAACAUCUAUUCUGG